AUGAUUUCCAACAAGCUCUUGUCUUUACCUCUCCUUCUCUCUCUCCCGGUUGCAUCUCUCGCCCAGAGUCUGUCACAGAUUUUGGGCUCCACCGAUUCUGUCUCCAGUCUGGCUGCAGUGCUUCAAGGCUAUCCUGACAUCACUCAAUCCUUGUCAGAUGCCAGGAACAUCACCAUUCUCGCUCCCAGCAAUGAAGCAUUCUCUGCCUUGAUGAAUGCCUCCUCUGGAAUGGAUAUGGACAACUCUACUAUCACUGCUCUGUUAACCUAUCAUGUGCUCGAGGGAGUCUACAGAUCGGAUGCAUUUAGGGACACCCCUCAAUUCCUGCCCACAAUGUUGGAUGACCCGAGAUAUGGCAAUUUCUCCAAUGGAGGUAAACAAGUCGUUGAGGCCAUCAACAUCAAUAGAAAUCCAACUUUGUUCUCUGGAGCAAAGAUGAACUCCUCAGUUUCUACAGCGGAUGUUACUUUUGAUGGUGGUGUUAUCCACGUGAUCGAUACUGUCCUUACACUACCAAUGAAUGUUUCCACCACUGCUAUCGCCGCGAACUUGACAGCUGCCGCCGGUGCUCUUACCGCUACUGAUCUUGUUGAUACUGUUGAUACCGCUCAAUCCAUCACAAUCUUUGUUCCAAACAACGAGGCUUUCCAGGCAAUUGGAAACCUCUUGCCCACUCUCAGUAAUGAGGCUCUGAUGGAUAUCCUCACUUAUCAUGUCGUUGGAUCUGUGGAAUUCUCAAGUGACUUGAGCGAUGACCAAGAGUUGACAACGCUGCAAGGUGGUCAAUUGACAAUUCGCAUUGAAGAUGGUAGUGUGUUUGUCAAUGGGGCCCAGGUUAUCCUCGCCGAUGUGAUCACCACCAACGGAGUUGUUCAUGUUAUUGAUGGUGUCCUCAACCCCAACAACACUGAUGAUGAACCCAACACAGAUGCAGGUGAAACACAAUCACCUGCCUUUGAAUCUGCGACUCGUGUCAGCGAGGUGCCCUUCACCUCCGGUGUUCCCACUCCAACUGGUACCUCAAUGGUUACCCCGUCUAGUUCAAGCACUUCUACUCCAAACGAGAAUGCCGCAAGCUCUUUGAAGGGCAACGUUGUCACUGGAGCAGUCAUUGGGGCUGCUAUGGUAUUUGCGUUUGCGAUUGUUGUUUAA